AUGCCUGCCGCUUGUUCAUCAGAUGGCCAUCUGAUGAGCGUUUUGGAGCGUCCACAAGCGUCUGGAUGUACUACGAGUGAGUGCGAUGUCCUCACUUGUGGUACGGUCGUUAGUACGACUGCACAAAACCUUAGUGUACCAAACGGUUACACUUCGGAGCAAAUUUCCGGCGGCUGUGAGGAAACACAGGCUGCGCCGAAGGUCCACCACUCGAAUAAGUCGAGUGGACCGGGACAAAGAUGUAUCCCUAGCGGGGAACAUCUAGAAGAGAAACAAUCGAUCGCUCAGGUUAAGCGAAACGAUAAUCCUAGAUCGACUGGAGAGUCUUUCGUAGAGGAUCUCGCUGUGGCUGCGCAACCCCAGCUAGAGGAAGUAAAGGAAAUAAGUCCCAAGAUUACAAAUACGGCGGAAAUAAGUUCCCCGAAACCCGCGGGAAUAAGUCCCCGGGAAGCCGAAGGAAUAAGUCCCCAGGAAAUGACAGAGACAUUGAAUGUCAUAGUCAAUAACGGAUCAAGUGUAGGCGCUUAUACACUUGAUCUGAUUGCGCCUCCGAAGUUGACUUCGGAGAUCACUCAGUUGCCAACGCUCGAACAUAAAAGGUUCGAGCGUGAUCUGCGUAGUGGCAAAGUCAAGCAGAUCUGCAUACUCGUCGCUGACGACGAGUGUGUAACCGACAUAAGGUCAGCAACAGUGUUUACUGAGAACGAGAGAGUUCUCAGUAGUUCAUCUAUGGACGAGAGCGUCCUCGAUGAAAAGACACGAGUUGAGCGAUAUGACUCCCAAUCAUGGGAAUCGCUCAAGAAAAAUCCUCUCUAUGAAGAUUUGGUUGAAUUCAAGGAUGUGUUCCCUGAAACUGUUCCGUGCGAAUUACCGAAGGAUAAAGGUACUCGACACGAGGUCGAGCUUAAACCUGGUUCGAAGUACUGUGUCAUGAAGCAGUGA